AUGCUGCUGCUUCUGCUGCUGCUGGCCCUGCUGUGGGCAGGGUCCCGGGCUGAGGAUCCGAGAUUCCAGCUGCAAGUGCAGGGGUCCUUGAUGGUUCAGGAAGGCCAGUGCAUCUUCAUGCCCUGCACUGUGAUCUACCCCAAGAUAGGAUGGACUGAGACUGCCCCAACUAGGGGCUACUGGUUCCCAGAAGGGACCAAGUCAGGCAAGGAUGUUCCUGUGGCCACAAACAUCCCCAACUGUAAAGUGAGGAACGAGACCAGGGGCCAAUUCAUCCUCGUUGGGGACCCCUGGACAUACAACUGCUCCCUGAACAUGAGAGACACAGAGAAAAGGGACAAUGGGAGAUAUUUCUUUAGGGUCAAGAGAGGGUCCUGUGUGAGUUACUAUUACAGAAACAACAUGCUCUCUGUACAUGUGACAGUUCACACACCAACACCUGACAUCCACAUCCAGGGGACCUUGGAGUCUGGACACUCCAACAACAUUACCUGUACAGUGUCAUGGGCCUGUGACAGAGAGACAUCACCCAUGUUCUCCUGGAUGGGGGCCAACCUCACACCCCUGGGUCCCAGGACUCCCAACUCCUCAGUGCUCACCCUCACACCAGGGCCCCAGCACCAUGGCACCAACCUCACCUGUCAGGUGGCCUUCCCAGGUGGUGAGAUCUCUGGUGGUGAGAUCAGGGUAAGGACCAUCCAGAUCAAUGUGACCUGUGAGUACCCAGUCAGGACAUUGGAACCCCAACAGCUGCAGGGACCCUCUUGCUCCUGGGAGGAUGAGGGUCUCCACAGCAGCUGCUCCUCUCGAGUUCAGCUGGGCCCCUCACUGCACUGGUGGCCGAGGGAGAGGAUGCUGGUGGGAAACCACAGCAAUGCCUCCCACACGGUCACCUUCCACUCAGUGGAGCCCUGGGCCAACAGCUCCCUGAGUAUCCGCGGGGAGCUUACAUCCAACCUCAGGCGGGGAUGUGAGGCCCAGAAUGCCUACUGGAAAGAGACAGUGACUGUCCUGCUGCUGCCAGGUCAGGUACUGAGGAUCUGCAGGAAGAAAUGGGCAGAGAAGGCAGAGAGCCAGGAAGGCAUCUCCCAGGGUCACCUGAGUGCACCCUCCUCCCACUACCUGCCCCCAGCGCCAGCCACCUCCCCCUCAGAGCAUGAGCUCCACUACGCUGCUCUCAGUUUCCACAACAUGAAACCACACAAGCCUCAGGCCCAGGAGACCCCCUACUCUGAGGUCAAGUUCUGGAAAUGA